AUGACUAAAGAGAAUAAAGGUAUGUCGGUUUUCGACUUUGUACACUCGAGAAAGUACUAUGGUCUAUCAGUUCCUACCAAUGUCAUCAUGGAGAGCAUCAAGACAUGGUGGUCAUUCCAAAAGUUUUCUAUUGAUCUAUGUAAACAUGAUCCUAUCUCUGGAAGAAUAUUUGGAGAGAAAUCAGGUUUACAUAUAAAUUUUGUACCGAAAUUCAAAUUGGAUGUAAAGAAAGAUCCAGUUGAUGGAGCUGUUGUAUUGCAUUUGUCUUACUAUGCCAGAAUCAAAAAGACUGGUAUUGCAGCGGCUUUUCUUACUUCGGGACUCUCGGUUGCGAUCGGUGCCGGUACGAUGACUGUUCAUAUCGCAGAGGCAAAGGAUUUCCUGCAGACAUUCUGGAAAUGGUUCGAAGGAAACUACCAGUUGGUCAACAUCGUAGUGUUGCUCUGUGAAGAUAGAAAUCAUCCAACUCCAGCACAACCAAUUGCCGUUGCUCCAGUAGUAAUUGCUACACCUACACCAACACCAGCACCGGUAGUUGCUCAACCACCAGCACUAGCACCAUAUGGUGGUUAUAACCCAAUGACAGUAUCGCCACUACAACAACAAUCCAAUCAUGGAUAUCCCAUGCAUCCCUAUCAACAACCAGCAGCAACAGCAGUACCAUCUCCUAUACACUCACAUUACCAACCUCCACCACCACAUGCAGCAAUGCAACCACAUUAUCAACCACAACCAAGUACCGGUCAAUUUGUAUCACUUGAAAAGAACUAUCCAAAUGGAUAUUAA